GGCUUCACUCACAUCCAGCUCUGAGUUCAAAUGUUUCCCAUCUGGAAGAUACCCAUGUUCCUCCCUGUUCCUGAGGAUUCCGUGCCCACAACACCCUCUUUCAGUGUUGACAUGCUCAACUUCACCUCACAAGUGUCUGCUCUUAACGAGAGCCUUCUCCCAAGCAACAGCUGCAUCCAGGUCGAAUGGUUUAGCUGGAUCAACACCAUCCAGGCCCCCUUCCUCUGGGUCAUCUUUGUGCUGGCUGCCCUCGAGAACAUCUUUGUCCUCAGUGUCUUCUGCUUGCACAAGAGCAGCUGUUCGGUGGCCGAGAUCUACCUGGGGAACCUGGCUCUGGCUGACCUGAUCUUGGCCUUCGGGCUGCCCUUCUGGGCUAUCACCAUCGCCAACAACUUCGACUGGCUCUUUGGGGAGGUGCUGUGCCGUGUGGUGAACACCAUGAUCUACAUGAAUCUGUACAGCAGCAUCUGUUUCCUGAUGCUGGUGAGCAUCGACCGCUACCUGGCCCUGGUGAAAACCAUGUCCAUGGGCCGGAUGCGUGGGGUGCGCUGGGCCAAACUCUAUAGCCUGGUGAUAUGGGGGUGCACCCUGCUCUUGAGCUCGCCCAUGCUGGUGUUCCGGACCAUGAAGGAGUACACAGAUGAGGGCUACAACGUCACUGCCUGUACCAUCAAGUACCCAUCCCGCACCUGGGAGGUGUUCACCAACGUCCUCCUGAACUCCGUGGGCUUCCUGCUGCCCCUGAGUGUCAUCACCUUCUGCACGGUACAGAUCAUGCAGGUUCUGCGCAACAACGAGAUGCAGAAGUUCAAGGAGAUCCAGACAGAGAGGCGGGCCAUGGCGCUGGUGCUGGCCGUGCUGCUGCUGUUCGUCAUCUGCUGGCUGCCGUUCCAGAUCAGCACCUUCCUGGACACACUGCUGCGCCUCCACGUCCUCUCCAGCUGCUGGGACAGUCACAUCAUCGACAUCAUCACACAGAUCAGCUCCUUUGUGGCCUACCUCAACAGCUGCCUCAACCCACUGGUGUAUGUGAUCGUGGGCAAGCGCUUCCGGAAGAAGUCUCGAGAGGUGUACUGGUGGGUGUGCCAGAAGGGGGGCUGCAGGUCAGAGCCCAUGCAGAUAGAGAACUCCAUGGGCACGCUGAGAACCUCCAUUUCGGUGGACCGCCAGAUUCACAAAUUGCAGGAUGGGGCUGGGAGCAGGCAGUGAGUGGACGCCACCGGCACUACUGUUAAUUUGCCUAAGGACUGACAGACAG